AUGCCUAGCGAAACUGAACCAGAGGCAUUCUUCCUCGAAGUUUUCUUCAAUGCGCAGCCUGUCGGCUCUCCGGAUGCGAAACAAAAGCAGAAGGCCAGUAAUGUUCUAAUUCCCUCCGUCAUUGCGUACGCAGGAGGCGCAGUAGACUUCGCAGUCGAUAUGGGAAACGAUUAUGCAACACGUCUGAUGAUCGUCAAAGGCGAAUUCACCAAGGUGUCCAUGGCCAUCUACGGCGACGUCGUUGCAGAACGUCCAACUUCUCCGAUCCCAUAUACGCCAACCCCAUUACCCAUACUCGAGCCGACACCGCUUUCCUCGUCCAUCGACCCAUCCAACUCCUCCGACCCGACCGUCCUCGCUCGUCAGCUCCUCGAGUCUAUCCCGGAUGCACCCCCACUUUCUCUCGUGAUUCGUCUGAUGUUCUGUCUAAAACCUUCCAACGACGACUGGGAUUUGCCAGACUUCCCGUACUUACAUCCCGACUUGGACGAAGACACCUUAGACUUCGACCUAGACAAGGCUUGCCAGAUGCUCGGUCGACCCGUGGCUGACGACGUCUCGUACGAAGUCCUACAAGAGUUUGUUGAUCGCGUGUCUGACGCCAUAGGGCCCAAGAGCAAUGAUCAGGCUUAUGCAGUCGCUGGGAUUCUCUCCCGCUCAGCUUCGCAGAAUCCGGAACUCGCGAGGCUGCUGCUCGACCGGUUAGACCUGCGAGCCAUAUUCGACCCCACCACAAUCGACGAAGACACGCUCUUCCGACUACUCGUAGCCUCUACGAACCCGGACAUCGCACGGCAGCUGGCCGCGGUCAAUUUCCAAGAUGUGCUCCUCGCAGUCCAGCACAACGCCGCAGCAGACGCUGCGACGAAGUCAUUCGCAGGAGCUCUUGUUGUUCGUAUUCACGGCUGGGAGGUGCUCACGGACGCGCUCUGGAACACGCAGGCCGAUUUUGAGACUGCCGUCGAAUUAGUGCGCGCAGCCGGCAUGGAAGAGCCGAUGUUCGGCGUACUGCUCGCAGCGCUCGUAUCGCAUAACGAGAUAUUCACAAGACUGGCGGAGAAACCAGUGCUCCCGCGCUCACCCCCACACCCGCCCGUGCUGAUGCAGGAGGCGGGCGAGCGGGGACAGUCGACGCACGACGAUUUUGUGGCGUUCUUGCGUACAUUUAUCGGCAUCUCGUGUGUUCUUGCCGUGUACGCGUACACGGACAGUCUGCCGAAUAAGAAAUGCAGGGAAAAAGUUCUGGGAAUAUUGAGGGUGUGGCAGGGUGUCAAAGGAUAUCGCGAAAUACUGGAUCACCUACUGCUCCUCCCUCAAAUGAUUUUCCGCCUCGGAGCGAUGACGGAAAACGAAAACGAUGAACCUACGCGGGCUGGAAUCCACGCGGAACAUAUUCUCCUCACGCUCACGCGCAAACCGAGCGCACUCAUUUCUCCAUCCCUCAUCGAAUGCAUCCUGAACAUGGAGCCCGGCCUGUCCGUCAUCAGCGAAGACAAACGACUUGACCUCCGCGCGCUCGCACUGCUCGCUGACGAUGGGUUGCCAGCCGCGCUUGAUGAGCUCUUGCAUCCCAUCGAGGGCGUGCUCAGUGCGCAAGCAGUCCGAAUGCUACGUGUCGCCUUGGCGGUGGUCUGGCGCGAGCUCGGGAAGGGGCUGGAGGGGGAGUGGCGCACCUUGAGCACGCUUUGGGAACAGCGCGGGCAUGGGCUCGCACUGCACCUCAUCGACACCCUCCAAGCCGUCUCGCUGGAAAUACAAAGCCUAUUUUCUCUUACGGCGCCGCGACACAUGACUCAGGAGGACGUGUCGGGGCUCUUCAGUCUCGCCUAUGAGGCAAUGCGCGUAGUACAGCACCUCGUCCCGGUGUACCCGCUCCCUGGCCGCCAGCUGCGUGCAGCAGUGCGGGUGAUUGCAGACUGGUAUGUGUGCGCAGAGGCGGCCGACGCACGAUAUACUCGAGGGUGCGACGCGUGCGACGCAGCACAGCGGACACGCGUGGCGUGCAUCGAGCUUGCGCGCACACUCGCGAAACCACCACGGGAGGCGGAAGUCUUUUUGAGGACACUGUUGCAGCAUGGAACGUGUGCCGGCGAGCGCGAUCCGACGUACCAUCUCGUCCAGGUAUUCAGUCUCGUGGACCAUUUACUGCCGAUGCCACUACGAAUGGACAUAGACAUUGGUGAAGACGAGGACGUGGUGUGGGUUAAACAGGUCAUCCCGCGGGUGUUGACAGAUCUGACACGCUUCUUGAGGCUCUUGGACGUGGAGAACAGGGCUCAUCUGAUAAGAAGGCUGACCGCGCUGGACGAUGGCAUGAUUGGUAUUGGCGAGUGGCUGUUGCUAGAGGAGCUGAAGCAUCUGCGGGCAUCUUUGAAGAGCCUCGAAGUACCCUCGGCGCAUGAGGACCUCACGUUGUUCAUCCAGUAUCAAGUAGCCUCUUCUCUGCGCCUUUUGGAUGAUCUCAUUUCUAGCUCUUCUGACGAAGCAACACACAAGGCGAUCAAGUACCUCGGAACCGAUACUGAGCCCGCAUUGCUCCUAGCUGCCUGCUUCAAUACAAUGCUCUCUUGCCGUCUCACCUCUCCUUCGCAGCUGAGCAUCGCAGAAACUCUCGUUUUGACUCUCGACAGCACCCUCGAUACCACCCUCGCACUCUCCCUCGGCCUCACAUUCCUCCGAGGCACCCACUCCUCCCCUUCUCCUCUCCCACUUGCAACCGCCCUCAAAAAUACCCUCGCAGCGCUACGCAUUGUCCCUCCCAAAUCCAUCGCCGCAGAUCCCGACACCCUUACCGCCGAGCUCAGCGCCACCUGCCUCGCGCUCGCAAACACCGACCUCCUCACAGCGCCCGAAGCCCGUGCAGCUCUCGCCCUGCUCUCGUGGCUCGUGCGUCUCGCGCGCGCAGGGCUCCCACAGCUCGCGAACCUCAACGGCAUCUCGCGCGACACACUCGUGCACCUGUGCGAUGCGCUGCAGGACGCGCUCGCGCCCGCGGUCUCGUCUCAUCGCGGCGGCGAGCCCAAAAUCAAGCAGGACCCCGAGCCCGACCCCGGGGACCCUCGAACGGUCCUGAACGCCGUCCGGCGCGCGCUAGACGCUGGCGCGGAAGACGCGCCGGUUCCUCCGCCCUCGACCCUCCUCCCCUCACAGCUCGCGCUCCCCCUCGCGCGGCUCGACGCGCUCAUGGCUCUGCGCCCCUCAUCAUCGCUGCGCCACGCACACGGGGCCUCCUCCGCCACUGCUCCGGGCACGCCGAAGCGCGCGACGCCGCCGCACGCGCAGGACGUGCUCGGGCUCGCAACGGUGUCGCCGCCCACGGCGCUGCUGCGCUCGCCGGCGGUGACGGGGCUCACGAAGACGUACAACGCGAACGACUUUCGGCAGCUGAGGCAGGUGCCGAGCGCGCGGAUGAACACGAGCCGGAUGCCGUCGAAGCACGUCGACGAAUUCGAGUCGGCGAUGGCGUCUUCGUCGCCGCCGAUCCAUACUGGCCCGCUUCCGAAUCUGAAUUUGGCUAAUCUGCCCGGCCUGCCACCCCAUCCGCUCACUCAAGACGGAUUUGGUGGCCCCCUCGGUCCGCCAUUCAACAUGCAGUGAUGAAGAGACGCGUUUAGGAUCUGAUGUCAGGCAGGCAGGGGAGACGUUGAGAUAGCUCUGCCACCAGGGUCGUGGCGCUGUAGGAUCGGAAGCGAACGGGAGGGUCGCGAACACGCCGGACUGCAAUUUCUGUUUGAAUAUCUGCUUUGCUCUAGUUGCUCGUAUGUCUGCUUUCUUGGCUGAGAUAAAUGUACUAUCGUUGUUGUGCGUAA